CUCGCCGCAAACAGACCAACUUGCUACACAUACCUGGUCACAUUCUUCACUAUGUCCUUCCAUUAGAUUACAUGGCUCCAAGUCUAGCGGAAUAAUUUAUUUUCUCAAGCCCCCUCCCUACUCAUCAUGGCUUCACGAUUUCCACGAUCCAACCUUCAUCAGCGCGAUCCUCGUGGAUCCUCCUCCCUAUUUGACUCUUACGGCGGUGACUCUCGGCCCGCGAGCAGAUCCCCAGGCAAUGUCGGGGGAUAUGGCUAUGGAGGGUACCCAGGAGCCGAUCGAUCUAUGAACAAUAGUGCUCCAGGGGGAUAUAGGACGGCUACACCGAAUGCAAAGGGCCACUACUCCGAUGCUGUCCUCUCCCACCUCGAGUCACAAAAUGACGCCGAAGUCGAAGGAAUCACCGCCAAAGUAAAGAUGCUGAAAGAUAUCACUCUCGCCAUUGGAGAAGAGAUCCGUGAUACAGCUCAUAUUACCGACCUAAACGACUCCUUUGAAAACACUCGGGUCCGCAUCCGAGGAAACAUGAACCGGAUGCUGCGCAUGGCCGAACGUACUGGUGUUGGCUGGAAGGUGUGGGUAGGAUUCUUCUUCGCCAUCUUCCUGCUCUUCUUCUAUGUGUGGAUCACUUGAGCUAUCCAACCUUGUUAUCUAAUUUUACCCAACUUAAUACUUUGACGAUCGCGAUAUGGCAUAAGGUUCCGGUGUUUUGGCGUCAUACCUCCUUCUCCGGAAGAGAUUCAGGACCUUUCUCUCUCGUUUCCAUUGACUUUCACGAUGACACGCAUACCUGGAGUUAGCUCACUCAUCGGACCACGACCUCUGACGACUGUCAAUUGUUAUGGUGCUAUUUAAGUGUACAAUGUUACUGUACUGUAUAUACAUAUGCUGAAACCGAGGUAGAAUGUGACUUGGCUGUUUCCUUCGCUACAUUCCUGAUACAUCCAAGCUCCUGUUAAUAUCUUACAUACUAUGAGA